AUGAUACCGACUAGCACUGUCAGUCGACCGGUCGAAAUCGGCCUCCGUCUUACUGGAAUAUGGCCGAAUUCCUCGAUUUUCUUCAGAUUGCUUUGGACAUUGGUGAUGGGAACAGCACUGAUCUUCCAGUAUCAUUAUCUUCUAGUACACUUUAGUAUCAAGGAACUACCGAAUUUGAUAGAUGGUUUAAGCACUACUUUGCCGUACAAUCUUCUUUUCUUCAAGCUGAUUGUCCUGUGGAUUAAUAACCGAUUAUUCAUUGAUAUUCUGACGGCGAUGUCCAACGAUUGGAGCGAGUAUUCUAACAUGUACGCUAUGAUCGACAAGGCGAUCCUUGCGCAUCGCUACUCAAAAGUGACCAUCGGUGUUUACUCUACAGCGGUAUUGCUUUACAGUACCGCGUCUAUUAACUUUCGCAAACAGACCAACGGCAGUUGUCGAGAGUUGUUGAUAAAAAUGGAGUUGCCGUUCGAAUUUUGCAAUUCACCAAUUUACGAGAUCGUGGAGUGCGUGCAAUUUGUUCAUUUAAUGGCAGUUGCCUCCGCCAUAGGUAUGCUGGAUGCAUUUAUGGUUACUUUGUAUACUAGCAUGACUUCGAGUCAUUUAUUCAUCUAUAGAAAUGUUAUAAGACUGACCGGAUAUCCUUUGUCUUCACACAAAGCUCUCACAAGUUGCACAAUAGUGGGAGAUAUCCGCUUGCUUCCCUUGUGUCUGACAUGUCUGCUUAUAGCGCACCAUCUUUUUGACCGUUUUCUUGACUUGCAGUCGAUGGGCACAGAUGAAGGAGUCAAGAUGUUAGUGAAGACUUUGUUUUUUUACAUCGCUAUCAUUUUGGAGGCAUUUAUCUUCUGUUUCGCCGGUGAAUAUCUGAGUAAUAAGAGCAGAACGAUCGGCGAUGCCGUAUAUGAAUCUGUUUGGUAUACUCUCAAGCCUCGGGAUUGCCGCAUUCUACUACUUGUUAUAAUGAGAUCGCAAAGACGUCUGACAAUUACUGCGGGGAAGUUUAUGGAUUUAUCAUUGGAAGGAUUCACAAAUAGUUUGAAAGCCUCCGCGUCGUACGUAUCUGUUUUAUACGCAAUCAUGACGACUACAAGCACUGUUGCUCUCGUGGUGCAAAUCGGUCUUCGAGGAAUUGGAUUUUGGCCUAAUACGCCGUGCGCCCUGUUGUUUCGGUGUCUUUGGAUAUUGACCAUCGGCAUAGUGCAGACUCUCCAAUAUUGGUGGAUCGUUAUUCACUUUAGAACUGAUGAUAUGUCGCACUUGAUGGAUGGUUUAAGUGUCACCAUAGAGUACAGCGUAAUGUCCCUGAAACUGAUUAUUUUAUGGUUCAAUAGUCGUAUAUUUUACGACAUCCUAGCUGCGAUGGCUAUAGACUGGAGAGAAGCUACUAGCAGCGAAAUGCACAUCAUGAUGAGCAAGGCAAAUCUAUCACGGCGCAUUUCCAAUGUUAUCGUCGCGCUCCAUGCGGCAUCGUUUGUUUGCUUCGGCAUUGAGGUGCUUGCAUCCUAUACCGAUGAUUACGAUGAUGAUGAAAUUGAGACGCCUGUUCGCGUGUUCACACUGAAGCUACAACUUCCGUCGCAGUGCAACGAGUCGCCGCUGUACGAGCUUGUUACAGGGCUGGAAUUCUUUCAUCAAUUGGUAGCUUCCACUACGACCGGUGUACUUAACAGUCUGCUCAUCACGCUAAUUCUUCAUACGAGCGGUCAAAUAGAGAUUUUAUGUGAUAUAUUAAAGAAUAUCUCUUCCGAAAUGAACAAUCAACAAUUAGCUUUCAGUAUGAAGGAAGUGAUUGGCAAGCAUCAGAAAAUCAUCACGUUUUCAGAUAAAAUUGAAAAAAUCUUUUCUUAUAUAGCGCUAAUUCAAUUCAUGUCGAGUACAUUGCUAACCUGCUGCAUAGGAUUCACGGUCAUAACGUCAAUCGACACGCAAGAUUCGGAUACGGUUGAUGGCACGGCACUAAUGAAAGCUGUAGUGUUUUAUAUAGCUGCUGCAGUGGAAGCAUUUAUUUUCUGUUUUUGCGGAGAAUACCUCACUGCCAAGAGCAAAAUGAUCGGCGAUGCAGCGUACAAAUCAGUUUGGUACGACUUUGCACCCAAGGAAAGUAAGCUCGUCUUGUUUAUAAUAUUGAGAUCACAAAGAAGACUUACCAUUACUGCUGGAAAUAUGAUGGACUUGUCGCUAGAGGGAUUCACGAAUAUUUUAAAGGCCUCUGCUUCGUAUGUGUCAGUAUUGCACGCGAUGUAUUGAAGUUCAAAGGCAAGCCGUUAGCGUAU